AUGUUGUUAUGCCCAUUAUGGCAGCUCUUCGAUAAUGGAAGUCUCUCAUGUCAGAGAAUGUCAGAGAAUGGAGCUGAGGACAACGCGUGCGGAAGGGAAGGCUCGAUUGAGCACAGAUACGGGAGAAGAGUGAUUCAUGAGGGUCGCGAAUAUGCUGUAUCACUCCCGCCUCACGCAUCCUAUUCUCGCAAUCGCAAAAGUCCAAAAGUGUUCAUCAUCCUCACGACUGUGUCGUUCCCAUUGAAGUCGGCCUCAGGCACACGAAAAGCUACGGCUCUUCCCGCGCUCUUCAGAUACUUCGAUACUACUGCCGACGUUGGUGACGAGGAAGACGAGGAGGACUUUGACGAGGAAACGGGUGAGGUUCGGUCGAGUACCAAGCGCAAGGCUACCAAUGGCGCGGAUCUGGAAGAUUCGAGCGAGGAAGAGGACGAUGAUGAUGAUGAGGAAGCUGCGCGUAAGGUUCGCGAGGGCUUCAUCGUCGACGAAGAUGAUGACGAGGACGAGGGGGAGGAACUACGGGAAGAGCGAAGACGCGAAAGGAAACGUCGACGCGAGGAACGUGAGCAGGAAGAGGCCUUGGAUGAUGAUGAUCUUGAUCUCAUCGGACUACGUGAUGGAGACGAAGGCAGACAAGCAGAGCCGAGCAAGUUCAAGCGAUUAAAGCGUGGGCACCGAGAAGAGCGCGCGGGCAGCGAGCCUCGAGGUGUCGCAGACAUCUUCGCAGAUGAGGAUGAAGACGAUGUGCCAGGUACUGGUCGGCGUCCUGGCUUCAAUCAAUACGGCGACGAUAUGGAGGACUUCAUCGAACAGGAUGAAUUUGACGACGAUCAGCCGGAUGGCAUGGACGAGGAUCUCGGUGUUCGCGCGCCCCGACGAGCAGGCUACAGCGAUCUCAAGAAGCUGCAAGAGUCCGGUCUGGGAGAGGUGGAGCUAGAAGAUAUGAAGGCCGCUUUUGGCGAAGGCGAAGAGUUCAGCUGGGCACUGGAGGCAGAAAUGCAACACCAAGGAGAAGAUCAGCUGGAUCCGGAUAAGCCAUUGGAGCUGAAGGAUGUCUUCGAGCCUGCCCAGCUCGAGGAGCGCAUGCUCACGGACAAAGACAACCUCAUUCGCGAGACGGACGUGCCAGAGCGCUUACAGCUCGCACGAGCUCCAUAUAAAGAUCUUGCGGACUUGACGGAUGAGCAGAUGUCGAUACGGUCAGCCGAGGAGGCCCGCUGGAUCAGCGACAUCCUAUUUCCACGAAAGCGCAUGGAGCAGCGACUUCGUGAGCCUUUCGAAGCUGCGGUCAAGCAGGUACUCCACUUCAUGAACGUGGACGAGUACGAGCCGGCGUUCAUCUUCCAGAACCGCAAAGACUAUCUCAUCCACUCCGAGCCGGUGGACCCCAACAACCCCAACGGCGCCGAGCUCAAAGCUGAGAAGCUGCUCAACCAGACGGACCUAUGGGACGUUUUCGAGCAAGAUCUGAAGUACCGUGCAUUCGCAGAGCGGAGGGAGAGCAUUCAGAGGAGCAUCGAGUUGAUCAAGGAGCUCGAGCCUGACUUCGAUGAUGCCAUUUUCGACGAUUUGAUCCCGCUCGCAGCGACCAUGGACGAUCUCCAAGACCUGCAGGAGUAUCUCAACUUCCAGUACUCUACGCAGCUCAAGGAUCUCAGUAUCAGUGAUGCUGCUGUCAACGGUACUCAGAAGCGUGCGGUCGGCGCGCGAUCCGCGUGGGACAAAGUUCGCGCAGGUCCUGCCUACCACAUGGUCCGAGCCUUUGGCAUCACGGCGGAUGCAAUUGCCCAGAACGCGGAGAAGACAUCCCGUAGGACAUAUACGGAAGACACUGACAAGCUUCCCGAAGACCUUGCGGAUACUUUGGUGCGCGAUCCGGACUACAAGACUGGCGAAGAGGUCAUGAGUCGAGCGAAAGCAAUGUUCGCCGAGGAAAUCGCGAUGAGCCCGCGCAUGCGCCGACACAUGCGCAUCAUCUACUACAAGAACUUGGUGUUUGACUGCCAUCGUACGGAGAAAGGCGUGAAGCAAAUCAACGAGGACCAUCCUUACUACGAAUUCAAGUAUUUGCGGAAUCAGGAAGUCCGAGUAUUCCUGGUCGACAAACCCGAGGUCUUUCUACGGAUGCUCAAGGCCGAAGCUGAGGGUCUGGUUGAAGUACGAGUGAAGCUGCGAGACGAGCGUCGCACCAUCGAAGAUCUUCACAAAGCGAUUGAGUCAGACAACUUCUCAGAAGUUGCCGAUGCCUGGAAUGCACUCAGGAGAGAAGUGCUCGGAAUGGCUUUGACCAAGCUGCAACGCAUCCUGUCUAAAGGUGUCAAGGACAACUUGAAGAACGAGUGCGAGAACAAGAUUGCGGGCUACUGUCGCGAUGCCUUCACCCAGAAGCUUGACCAGGCCCCUUUCAAGCCGAAGGACAUGGAGCUUGGCACCUGCGCACGGGUUCUCGCGCUAUCGAACGGCGCCGGGGCUCGGGGCGAUGCCAUCUGCUGGGCCCACGUUGACGAGAAUGGCCGUGUGCUGGAGAACGGAAAAUUUACAGACUUCCGGCUUGGCUCGGACGCGGUACCGGAUGGCAAGGAUGUGUCACGCUUUGUCGAGCUCGUGGAGCGCAGACAACCCGAUGUCAUUGCAGUCGCCGGUUGGUCCGUUGAGACACGACAGCUGUACAAGAACCUGCAGGAUAUUAUCGAGAAAAAGGAGUUGCACGGGACGCCCUACGAAGACGAAGACGGUCGAGAAGUCUCAGAUGCACUUGAAGUCGUCCAGCCGCAAGACGAAGUCGCACGGCUCUACUACAACACCGACCGCGCCGCCGCAGAUCAUCCUGGUGUUCCGCCACUCACCAGAUAUUGCAUUGCUUUGGCACACUACAUGCAGAACCCACUGAAGGAGUAUGCUGCACUCAAAAAGGGCAUCACGGCUAUCACUUUCGAUCAAAAUCAACUUCUCCUGCCGGAAGACAAAUUGAUGCGAUAUCUCGAGACGGCAUUGGUGGACAUUGUCAAUCUCGUAGGUGUGGACAUCAAUGAAGCCUUUCAGGAUCCCUACACCCAGAACUUACUGCCAUACGUAUGUGGUCUCGGACCUCGCAAGGCAGAUGCCAUGAUCAAAGCCAUUGCUGCCAAUGGAGGUGAAGUCAUCAACCGCGCAGAUCUGGUCGGUGACGUUGACAACAACAAACGUCAAGCCGUCGGUGGUAAGGUGUGGGAGAAUUGCGCGAGUUUCCUCUACAUCGCUUGGGAGGACGAGCCUGAGGCCGACUAUCUAGACAACACAAGAAUUCACCCCGAGGAUUACGACAUCGCACGCAAGAUGGCAGCUGAUGCAUUGGAGCUCGACGAGGAAGAUAUCAAAGCGGAGCAGGACGAGCAUGGUCCGAAUGCCGUUGUACGAAAGCUUUUCAAGGACGAGCAAGUGGACCGCGUUAACGAUCUGAUCCUGGAGGAAUAUGCUCAACAAUUGACCAUGAACUUCAGCCAGAAGAAGCGCGCAACCUUGGAGACCAUCCGUGCCGAGCUGCAGAACCCAUACGAGGAGCUGAGGAGGAAUCUGUUCCCUCUGACCAGCGAUGAGCUAUUCACCAUGAUGACCGGAGAAACCCGCGAGUCGCUGAAGGACGGCAUGAUCGUUGCCUGUUCUAUCAAGAAGACAUUCUCGGAUCACAUUGAAGUCAAGCUCGAAUGUGGCAUUGAUGGCGGCAUUUCCGAGACAGAAUUUCCCGAGGACAUGGUACAGAAUCAGCUCGAGCCGAGAGCCGUAUGGUCGAGAGACCAGGUCAUUCAAGCCAAACUGACAUUCAUCGACCGCAAGAAGCUUACAGCGCAAUUGACUCUGCGGGAGAACGAAAUGAGAACACCCUACCGACGAUCGUUCGAUCAUGGGUUCGAUGAGUGGGAUGAUGAGCAGGAGGAUCGCGACAAGAAAGCGGCGCGCAAAGCUAUCGAGCAGAAAGUGGGUCGCCAGCAGAGAGUCAUCAAGCAUCCGCUCUUCAAACCCUUUGGAUCCGUGCAGGCAGUCGAAGCUCUCCGAAACCAGAGUCGCGGCGAGUGCAUCAUUCGACCAUCCUCCAACGGGACUGACCAUUUGGCGGUCACUUGGAAGAUCGCCAACGAUGUCUACCAGCAUAUUGAUGUGCUGGAAUUGGACAAGGAAAACGAAUUUAGCGUUGGCCGGAAGCUCAAAGUCGGCAGUUACGUGUACAGUGAUCUCGACGAACUGAUCGUUCUGCACGUACAGGCGAUGGCCAAAAAGGUUGACGAGAUGACCAACGAUGACAAGUUCAAGGACCUUUCGAAGAAGGAGACCGAUCAAUGGUUGACCACCUACCUCGAAGCCAAUCCCAAGCGAGCCAUGUACGCCUUCUGCAUCAAUACGACGCACCCGGGCUACUUCGAUCUCUGCUUCAAAGCCGGCGAGAAGGCUCCUAUCAUCCACUGGCCUGUCAAGGUCAUUCCACAAGGCUUUGACCUUCAAAAGAACAAGUACCCGGACAUGCGCGCGUUGAAGAAUGGCUUCAAAGUGCUCAUCCAGAACCAGCCGGCGACAAACGGGAGGCGCUAG